UGCCCGACCAUGUCCUCCCCACUGCUGGAAAUCUGUAUCGAUUCGUUCGCUUCAGCCGUGGCAGCAAUCCGCGGUGGAGCAGAUCGCCUGGAAUUGUGCGCCGCGCUGAGCGAAGGUGGCCUAACACCAUCCGUGGGAUUGCUUCGCGAGAUACGUAGAUUCACCCUGGAGAAUGUCGUUCAACAUCGGGAGGUAAAGCUAUAUGCUAUGGUGCGAUGUCGCCGGGGAAGCGACUUCUGCUACAGUGAACCCGAAAUGCGGAUCAUGCUACACGAUUUGGAACUGCUGGCGCAGAAUGGAGCCGAUGGAUUCGUGUUUGGAGCGCUGGAUGAGACCGGAAAUGUGCACCGGGAGCACUGCGGGUUGGUGGUGGCGGAAGCGUCGAAGCACAAAAAGCCGGUCACAUUCCACAGGGCGUUCGACUGUACGGACCGGAGCAAGAUGUUGGAAAACUCGGAGCUGGUGGCAUCGUUGGGAUUCACGACGCUGCUGAGCAGUGGACUGGAGGGUACGGCCAUGGAAGGAAUCCAGAAUCUCACGGAAAUGGUCAAAUUUGUUUCAGAGAGCGAACGUAUGCAACUAACGGUAAUGCCUGGGUCGGGUGUUUCUCCGAGGAACGUACAAGAGAUAGUUCAAAAAACUGGAUGCCGAGCAGUUCAUGCUUCAGCUCGCUCGCUGAGAAAGGGCCCCAAAGGAGGCUCUAUUUCGAUGGGAGGAAAUGCAGCUGAUGGCGAAGGACUGCUGGUUUGUGACGAGACAAUCGUGAGGGAAAUCAAAAAUCUACUCACAAGUUAAAGGGAUGAGAUGUGUAGUUGUAAAACAAACAAAACUUUCAAUUAUUCAACAUAAACGUUAUUAUGGUACCUGCAAUAAAAUUAUGAUAUAUUAAAUAUUGAGCAA